GUUCCCUCCGUGAGACAAGUCCUUGUAGCUUGUAGUCCAUGGCUGCCCCUCGCGGUGCCUUAGCCUCCUGUCGGGGGGCAGCACAUGUGGCCGCUCAGCAGGGGAAAGAGGAAGCACUUCGGCUGCUGUAUGAGCUGGACCCCGAGAGCUUACGACGCCCGGCGAUGGAUGGACGAUGCCCUGCACAUUGGGCCGCCCUGAGCGGGCAGGUUGCUAUUCUGGAGCUCUUGCAGGGCCUCGUACCUGACACGCUUCGUGCCAAAGCAAGGAAUGGUGCCACUCCAGCACAUGACGCUGCGUUUCAGGGUCAACUUGCCAUCCUGCAGCUCCUUCAUGAGUUGGCACCAAGCACCUUGCGGGCCAAGUCCAAUAUAGGUGCCACGCCCGCGCACGACGCGGCAUUUGGAGGUCAGGUUGAGACCUUGCUCCUGCUGCAUCAGCUGGUUCCAGAGACGCUUCGGGCACGCGACAAGCAGGGGCACACAUUGGCACAUGAGGCGGCAGAUGCGGGGCAGGACUCAAUACUUCGAUGCCUUUUACUCCUUGCGCCGGAGACCUUGUUUGCCAGGGAUGGUGCUGGAUGGCUACCGGUAGAUGUAGCUGCUGCUCACGGCCACGAAUCCACCGUGUCUUUGUUGGCUUCGCUUCCACCAUUGGACUCAGAGGCGGACGAGGUUGAGCGCAGUGACCAAGAGACGAGGUGCGGAGGCGGAGAAAGCAAAGAGGAGACAGCCGAGCUUCAAGACACAUUAAACCUGAGAUGAUGAUGUGUCCAACUUACAGACCUCAGACAUCCUUUCUGACAUCCUGAGGGGCUUUUCGCACCUGGAGAGUCAUGUUUUUUGGUCGACCCGAUUGACCCCUUGGAGGAGCAGGCAAGUCUUGGAUGGUUUUGGCUGUUUUGACUUUGGAGAUUCUUGAAAUUUAUUGAAGUCAAGAAUUGAAAUCUUUGCUCUUCAUGAGUACCUCGACCCAACUUGAUACUGCAGUGGGAGAUGUACACCACCAGCUCUGUCGAUGGAGUUGCUAUGAGUUGCUACACUUGAGGAAAGGCUUUAGAAAAGUCGGUUCCGCCGCGCGCUCGGUCUCAGCUGCCGCAGCUGCCGCGCUGAUCUCGGCCGCGUUGGCGUCAGCCGCCGAACCGCGCUUGUACACAGACACUCUCACUCCUUCCACCUGUUCAGGAUUGUUCAGGUGUAUUGGGGCUGUAAAAUGCUGCAAAGCUCCUUCGUUUUCUCUCCUGGUUAUCAUGCGAGCUCUACUGUUUGGCCCAAAAGCAUGGUGACAGUGCCAGCGCUGGAAGCCGAUGCUUUGCG